AUGGAAGUUUCAACACAGCCAAACUCAUCUAGUUUUGGCUAUUAUGGUAAUUAUGAAAGUGGAACGUCGUAUGUUAGUGGUUCCUACGAAUCAUCGGGUUGCUUCGAGUCUUACGGUUACGAAGGAGAUAUUGAAAUUUAUGACGAUUCAGAACCUACGGGUUAUCCAUCUACGGCUAGCUAUUGCGAUGAAGAUUUCGAAGAAUGUGAGAGCGAAUACAGUGUUACUGAACCUAUGGAAGAAGUUGAUGAUAACUGCAAUAAGACCGAGGCAUUGGAAUUGGCAGCAUCAACAGAAAUGUUGAGGAUUCGAUUUCCUUACCAGUCUAUCACAAUCCGCCUCUCCGAUUUCUGUUGUUUACAAGACCAGAAUCUUUUGAACGAUACCAUAGUGGACUUUUAUCUUAAUCAUAUCGUCGAGCACAUUUUACCCGAUGAUCCAUCUAAACGAGUCACAGUUCUUCCUUCUUUGUUUUGGCACAAUUUGUCACUCUUGCAAAAUUAUGUUCCUGAUGAGCAGUCCAUCAGUGAAGAGAAUUUGCAAGAUAUAAGAUUUCGGGAUGUUCUUGAGUUUGUCGAAGGCUUUGAUCUCCUCGAUGUGGAUUUUAUUGUUGUUCCAAUCAAUGAGUGGGAUCACUGGUCGCUUGCCAUAAUAUGCAAUCCGUUCAAGGAAGAAUGUCAGAUAAUUUACUUUGAUUCUUUAAUAUCAUAUGAUCUUAAUGGUGCUGACCAUAUUUACAAAGUUCUUAACGAUUUCAUGAAGUAUGCAUGGCAGAAGUGGAAGAGAGAAACUCUGGAGAUGAACACAUACUUGAUUUGCCCACCUUCUGCAAACCAGCAAAGAAAUGAUUUCGACUGUGGAGUUUAUAUUUUGGAAUAUGCACGUCGAUUCCUUCUCAGUCCACCCAAGAAUCUCUGCUGUUUCGACUUCCGCGUAACGUACCCAGAUUUCUCAGUAACAUCUGCCCGCUCUACAAUGCGGAAGGCCAUACUCUCUCUUUGCUCUAAUCGCUCUUUAUGGAAUCCACUUCUUGAAAUAUUAGAAGCUGGAAACUAA